AUGCUGCACUCCAUCUCCCCGUGCCUUCCCUCGACCCUCCUCGACCCUCGCAGGCCCGCCGCAGCGAACAACGGCGCCCCGGUCAUCACAUCGGCCUCCACCUUCCGCCUCGCGCUCCCCCAGACCGUCGAACGCAAACAUUCGGCGGUGCGUUUGCUUUCGGAGGUCGAAGGGCAGCUCAGCCACGCCGUUGUCGCGCCAGCCACCGCGGUGCAACAGCGGCCUGCAGCCCCUCCUCGCGGUCGCGGAGGCCCCUCGAAGCCUCUCUCCACCUCCCCGCACCCUCCCUCGGCCCUCUUCGACCCGCGCAGGCCCACGGCGGCGAACGACGGCGACGCGGUGGGCGCGUCGGCCACCGCGGUGAGACGAAGGCUCUCAGCCCCAACUACAGCGUUGCCAAGGCCCCGCGGGGCCCCGGGCAGCCUCUCCACCUCCCCGCACCCUCCCUCAGCUGUCUUCGACCCGCGCAGGCCCACGGCGGCGAACGACAGCCACGCGGUGCAACGAUGGCCCCGCCACAAGUCUGCCAAGGCCUCGGGCGGCCUUUCUCCACCUCCCUGCACCCUCCCUCGGCCGUCUUCGACCCGCGCAGGCCCGCGGAGGCGAACGACGGCGGCGUGGUGCAACGACGCCGCACGACAAGUUUGCCAAGGCCCGGGCGACCUCUCUCCUUCUCCCCGCACCUCCCUCGGUCCCUUUCAACCCGCGCAGGCCCACAGCGACGAACGAUGGCCACGCGAUGCAACGACGGCCCCGCCACAAGUCUGCCAAGGCCCCGGGCAGCCUCUCCACUAA